AAUGGAACAUCAAACUAAAUCAAGUGUUUAUUCCCAUGACAGUGGUAGCAACAAAGUUUAUGUAAAUCGAAAUUUUAGUAAAGGCCAUCAAAAUAGCUCUACCUCCAAUUCUAUAAUGCAUGUAAAUCCAAAAUUCUCAUAUCUUAUAUCAAAUGCCCAGGGUAACACACAAACUAAAAACAAAAUCUAUGUUAAUCCUAAUUUCAUUAAACCUAGUAGUACUUCUGAGAUUAAUCCUAAUGCAUCAACAAGAACUAAAUCAACUAUUUAUAAUACACAAAAUGCAAUUUCUAUGACUUACCAGUCCCAUCAAAAGGCUUUAGAAAAUAAUACAAAUGCGGUACUUCAGGUACCACUUUCACGGUCUCGCUAUUGUUUAGUGAGACACACAGUAAAAAAUAAAGAUGUCGAACAGCCAAUGCCUUCUAAAGUAAAAAGUACGUUCAAGAUAAGCAAAUACAAAUCUGUACCAUGGAAUGAUGUAAAAAGAAAUCUAGAAGACGCCAAAACUGUUUCGAUAAAUGCCAUAAAUUUCUCCUCACACAUAAAUAAGAAUGUUAAUGAAUCAGCAGUACAGAAGUACACUUGCUUCUUGGCAUCCCCUAGAAGCGAAGUAUUAACAACCCCUGGACCUGAAAGAAUUGGAACUACAGUGUAUAAGUAUAAUAAUAAGAAGAUUAAUAAAACGAUAAUAAUAAGUCAAGCAAGAGUUAAAAAAGGUAAAGGAAAUUUAAAGAAAAAUAAUUUACCCUGUCCAUUAUUUCGAAAGUUUGGAAUUUGUUUAAGAAGUUUACGUGAUAAGUGCGAGUUUUUGCACGAUAAAAAGCAUGUCUCAAUUUGUCGAAAAUUCAUCAAGGGACUAUGCCAUGAUAAAAAUUGCCUUCUGUCUCAUGACUUGACCACUAAGAAAAUGCCUACAUGUUACUUUUAUUUGCAAGGGACCUGCACUAAAACAGAUUGUCCGUAUUUGCACGUCAAACUAAACGAAAAUACAAAAAUAUGUCCGGAUUUUAUCAAAGGAUAUUGUGAAAAAGGCAGUAAAUGUCUACUGCGCCAUAUCAAUAAUCACACACAAAAGGUGAAUAAAGGUAGUACGUCUUUGAUAAGAAAAUCUAAUCGAAAAGAAGAUAAAAUCACAUGGCAUGACAUAAAUGUUCGUGAAUCUGAUGCCCAGGACGUGAAUGUUGAAACCAGGAACAUAAAAAAUUAUACCUCUGUCGUAUGUGGUGAAAGUGCUCCUGAGUACAGAUACUAUCAAGAACAUAAAGUUGAUGAAAGUGCAAAAGAAUAUAAAAUUAUAAAACCAAUGAGAUGCAAGUUAGGUGAUUUGCCCUCAUUUAUUGAAUUAUAACACCUUAUUUUUAAAGCCUGUUCAGGUAAUAUAAAUGCUUUCGAACAAUGUUUUAGUUGUAUUUAGUUUAAGGUGAGAUGAUAUAUUUUAUGCUAACAUAGUAACCUUAGUUUACAGGAAUGUGUUGGUAAAUUGGAAUCAAAAUUACUACUAAUUUGAAUCUGCUAUUUAGUGGAGCUAUUCAUAUUAUAUUAUGGUUAUUUUUGUAUGACUUUUACAUAGAUGCACAUUAUAGAACUUGCAAACAAUAAAACUAUAUGAUUAUGACUGC